AUGCCCGCCUCACCGGUGGAUAGGAAGCCGGAGGCCUCGAGAAACGGUGGGCAGAAGGAUGCCGCUGAGCAUCCGCAGUCGCCGCGCAGGCCGUCAAAGACGUCGUCUGAAGAAGGCGCCGAGUCGCCCCAGCGGCAGUCGCAGGAACUCUCUGAAACCCCGACCAUUGCCGCCAUUGGCACCAAUGCGAACAUUAUCAUCGAUCCCACAAAGGAUCUCUGGCAGAACAUCACGCGAAAUGUCAAGGACGCUAGCGUCGAGCAGACGGAGACGAGCCUGGUCGUGGUCGGAGCCUCUGGGAGCGGCAAGACGACUCUUCUCCACCGCAUCUAUACCUCUUUUCAGAGCAACUCGAGUGGAUCUGGCCCUAAGAGGGUAAAGGCGACGACGGCGCUGGACUACAGCUUCGCCCGCCGAUCGGAGCGCAACGUGGCGCCCGUGGCACACUUCUGGGAGAUCGCGCAAGGGACGCAGUUCUCGCAGUUGCUGGACAUUGUGGUGACGCCGGAGAACGUGCACGCCGUGGUGGCGGCGGUGGUGGUGGACGCGAGUGAAGAGGGACUGCCGGUGGCGUGGGAGACAGCCACGUACUGGUUGCGCCGGCUCGACCAGCGCGUCAGCGAUAUUUCUCAGCGCAUGAAGGCGAAGGGGUCGACCACGCCAGCGAAAAUCCUGACCCGCGCGCAGAAGGCUAUCGGACUCGACCAUCCAGACCUGAAGCGCAUGCGACUCAGUGGGGUGCCGACGGUGCUCGUCAUCAACAAGAUCGACGCAUUCCGUGGCCACACGCAGCAGCUGAAAUUCCUGUGCCGUAGCAUGCGCUACCUCGCCCACCUGUACGGCGCCCACGUCGUCUUCACCAGCGAGCAAGAGAGCGUGCGAUGGCGCGCGCUGAUGAACUUCACGCUCUUUCAAGCCCCGUUCGACCCCAAGUACUUGCAGACAGAUCCGGAGCGGAGUGCUGUGCUGCUGACGGUUGACCGCGACAGUUUCUUGGACAUUGGCGACCCUAAUGUGAGUCGGCUUGGCGGCGGCGCCAGCACCGGCGACGCGGAACUGGAUCGCUGGAAGGCGCCCUUUGACGAGGCGUUUCCGCCAAAGAAGCUGAACGAGGAGGACAGGGUAAUGGACGAUCCUUUCAUUCGCCGCCUGUACGACACCGCGGAGGGCGGCUUCGGCGAUCCAGUGAUCGACGCCCUGCGCAAGCAGAAGGAUGAGGAGCUGGAGCAGUACCGCAAGAAGAGCACCAACACCGCCAACGCCAGCAAGGCCAAGUGA